AUGCACUACACCGCCGACGAGCAACUGGCGCUGGCCACCGCCGAUUCACCGGCCGGCCCCUUCCGCAACGCGAUGCAGCCGCUGCGCGCCAAAGGCAAGGAGCUGGACACCGACCUGUUCAUCGACGACGACGGCCGCGCCUACUUCUACUUCGUGCGCCACGACCAUGGCAACGUGAUGCACGCGGCCCGCUUUCUGCCCGACUGGAGCGGCAUCGACGAAGGCAGUGCGCGAGAACUGCUGCGCGUCACCGAGCCGUGGGAACACACCAACGUCAAGUCCACCUGGCCGGUGCUGGAGGCGCCGUGCAUGGUCAAGCACGGUGGGCGCUACCACCUCAUCUAUACCGCCAACGACUUCCGCAACCCCGACUACGCCGUCGGCAUCGCGAGCUCCGACUCGCCGCUGGGGCCCUUCAAGAAACAUCCGCGCAAUCCGCUGCUGCACCGCUUCGCCGGCCUGCGCGGCACCGGCAGCGCGCAGCUGUUCAAAGACUUGCAGGGCCGCUGGCAGCUGCUGUGCCAUGCGCAUUUCAGUGACACCGCCUGGGGACCGCGCAAGCCCUUGCUCAUCGAGGCGGCCUGGACUGACGACCUGUUCCUGGUGCCGCGCGGCCAACCGCGCGUGCUGAUGGCAUGA